CAGCAUGGCUGCAGGAGCUGCUGACGAUUUUAGGAGGCGGAGUAAAUUCUGCCGAAUCCGUUGCUUUCGCCUCAUUUUGCAUCGUCACGCUUCUGCAUCAUCAUUUUGUUCAGCGGUAAUAGAAGCGCUUGUUGAUACCGUCUCUCACUGGUGCUCUUCUCCGCCCUCACAGUGCUUCCGACACUAGCAGCAAAUCAUCACCAGAGGCAGCUGGCAACUCACCCAGCGUAUCCCUCGUUUCGGCGCCAAGGAGCAGUGGUCAGCCACUGCAGCCCUACGACACCCAUCUUUCACCAAUCGCCUCUUGAACAUAUUGCUAAUGUCCCAAUAACCGGUCAUGAGCAGCGACGAUGAUAGUAGCAACCUCGGCGGCGUAGGCCAGUUCGGCGUCGGCCUCGUGGCUCUGAUCGUCUCGCUGAUUGCCUUCCUGGCCACCAUGAUGCAGGUCUUGCAGCAGUACUAUGCAUCAGCCGCCGGAUAUGCAAACUGCAAUGAAAAAGUAAUGGGCCACUGGGCCAAAACGAAACGGCGGCGCUUCAAUUGGUCUGAAUUACGCUUCGAAGUCCUCUUUGAUGCCCCCGUUAUCUUUGUCUCGCCACCGACGAACGACCGUGGCCCUAUCCCCGGGGAGGACAUCUACUUUCUCGACGGCACACAGAAGAGUCUUGACGAAACAUGGACCACAGAUAACAUGGACCUGCGUAAGGAGUACCUGCAGCUGUCGACAAAGGAUCGGCUUCAUACCGCCGAUAACGAGCGCGCCUCAUGGUUCAUCCUCCUCUACGCCAUUCAGCGUAUGGAGUCCAAAUCGAGAGAGUGGCAGCAGAAGCAAUAUGGUCCGCCCGGCGUGCUAUGCGAACAAUAUGGCCUCCCGAAACUGCCACCGUCACUCAAGGAACACCAUACACUGACCGCAGCGCUUCAGCGUAAGCGCAAGAGCUGGGACACAAUGCCACCCAACAUUGUGAAACCAUACGCCACAACUACAAUGUGCCAUCUUAUUGAGAUGAUUGCAGCACUUGGAAUAUACUGGAAGGAGUUUGACAGACGCAAAGACCGAUACUGGGCUGAAGGCAACGGCUUUCUUGUCCUUGGCCGCCGUGUCGCUGAGCUUGGCGUCAUGUUUUCGCUGCAAGUGUACGGGCAGUGCGAGUUUGGGAAUAAUAGGGUGAUCCCGGUCGAAAAUGUCAAAGAGCUCUGCUUUGGAUAUGUGUCGACCAUAUUUCAACAAACCAUGGACUCUCGGCGUCUGCAGGUGCCAAGCGAUAUGCCAGAGAACCUGGCCAUGCUGGUUAUGGCGACACGGCGCGAAGUGGCCGAGUCACUGCGACUGAUUGGCUGCAACAACAACACUGUGAAUUAUUAUCUAGAAGAGGGUUCAAGAACGUCACAUCUUUUCCCUGUCACCUUUGAGCUGAUGGGCAUGUUGAGCCGCAACUUUCACAUUGACAACAGCAGCUUCACCUUUAUACCGAACCCGACGCCUGAUCGCUGGGAUAAGAAGCCCGUGUCUAUGUGGAGAGUUAUGGAGGCUUUUAAGAAUCUUGUCGGUAUGGAUGUGCCUGGAGCUAGGCGUAACAGGACGAUUGUGAAUCGCCUAAAGCACCAUGCCGAGGAGAUUUUAACGCACUAUACGGAAGAAGACGGCCCAGAGCGGUUACUGUCACUCCGAGUAAUGCAUAUGGCUCUAAACGAUGCAGAUGAGAUCUUAACAGCUCGUCCGCACCAAGCUAGCAAAGCAACCAAUGCAUCGCCAGAGAAGCCAGAUGAUGCUACACGACAAAAGGCUAACGAGGUCCUUACCCCGACUAUGGAACGACAGAAUGGAAGGCGAAAAAUGGUGCAGGAUGUUCUGCGCUCCCACCUACAAGAAGUGUUACGUGUACUUAACGAGCUGGAUGAUAGAGGCUCGGAGAACCUUUCGCUUCGCGUCCCAGAUCGUAUGCCGGGUACGUCGCCGCGUAUAUCCAUGGUGAUGGAGAAUGGCCGCACAAAGCUCUUUGCCUCCAAGUUUGAAGAUAUGGACGACGUGCCUGCCGAUGAGCGCCAACAGCUGUUUAUGGAAGUCUACUUUGAAGUGAUCCGGCCACGCGUGGUGCCUGUUGCGAGUCUGUCGACCGAACGCAGGGCAAGUUUGGUUGGCGAUAGACCUGGCAGCGUACGCAGUUUGCGUGUGGCCGAUGCUGGCCAUAUGCCAUCGCGGCCUUCCUCGCCUUUAGCGCGGGUCGUCACGUCAGUGGCAGCAUCGGUAGUAAGCGAUGAUGGGGCGGCCGAUUCUGGCAAUGAAAGUGAUGUAGUGGCCAACAGGAAUGCAAACGGUGUUGCUACUGCUGCCGCUACUACGGCCGACGAACCUGUUGUCGGCGAGGACAAGGUGCUGUCUCUGGCGCAGCAACCUGCAUCACACGAUGAUAUUUGGUGCACGUUGGUAUUUAGAAUGAUUUGCUGGCUGAUGAUGCAUGAUUUCCAUAAGCUGGAUGUGCAGCUGAGCAAGAGUGAGUUGCUUGGCAGCAGAAUGCCAGUGUAUAUAUCGUGAGGGUAGUUUCUUGUGCUUGUAUAAUAUCACUUUGCCCUUUCUUUUAUGACCAUUUGCAUCAUACAAAACAAAGCUAAAAAUACAACUGGCACAUGGCCACCAGAUUGCCACGGUAGUUCCGUUCACAGGCAGUACAAGAUACAAAGGGAAGGCUGGCGGCAGUCGUGGAAAUUGCCAAGUGGAUAAAAUGGUCGUUUGCUGCUUUUUUUAGUCAGAGGAUCGGUGAUGCGAUCCAUGGGGGAUGCCACCCCGCUCGAGCCUUUCCCCCUCAGCGGUCCCUCUGGCCCCCCCGAUUCGGACAACUGGGGGCGGGCUGGGCUGGCGCGGCGCGUAGGCGGAGAGGAGAGGAGAACGACACGUCAGGGGUCAGUACUGCGUUUUCUAAGGUUACGCUGGCUAAAUAAAAAGAGUCUAUGUUCCUCAAUCCUGAUGAAUAUGAGCAGCUAUAAGUUAAAUCAUAGAGAUAAGGCGGUGCCAGAAUCGGCAAGCCGCAGCAGCUUGAGACGCAUUAUUACAUGCGUGGUUCCCUGCUGGUGGAUGGCCAACACGGUGUGCAGCAGCGCCAGGGAAUCAUGGGCGAGCCAAAAAAAGCAAAAACAGGACUGACAAAGCAGUUAUCCGCAGUUGUCGCCCGCUAAAUUUCAUGCAAGCCAUCGUCUGUAGCAAGCACCGGCCAAGCAGUAAGUAGCAUCGAUGGGGGUGGUGGCCCGCCUUAGCACGCGUCCACGCUGGUACCAUGCGCAGCAUUGGCAGAGGAGAAAAAGCAAGUAUGGCGAUUGGGAUGUGCGCAGAAAACGUGUGGAAUUAGGACGAUGGACAGACAGAUCAGUUUACAAAAAGCAAAAAAAAAUAAAAAUUACAUGAACAAGAACGGUUGCAAACACUAUUUUAUGCUGCCGUGGCAAAGUUUAGAGAAGAAACGGACGCCGGGUGGUUUUUGUUACAGCGCCCCUCUCACAGGUUGUAUGGCGGCCGAUGCAGCGUAGCGUGGACGUCAAUGGUCCAAAUGCUACUUGUCAGCAAGCAGGUAGCGGAUGGCAUUGGAUGGCUGGAAACACCGUAUUUUAACAGCAUAAACUACGCCGGGGGCUGGAGAAUCAGGGCUGUCUAAGGGAGCUUUGUGUCCAGUGAACUUGCAUCGUUUGGGCAAGCUGGUCUGUUUCAGCGCCGACUGUUGUCGAGUCAGGUGUCUGUCUACAGUAUGUGCAACUUGUCACCAGAAGAGAAGAGCGACGCAGAUAGUGAGCUGCUGCUAUGGUGUUCGCAAACCAAGUUAUUGUCCUUGGAAUGAAU